CUUACCCCACCUCUCACACCCCCCCCCCCCAUCAUCACAAUGUCUUUCCUCUUUGGCGGUGCCCCCAAGAUGUCCUCGGAGCAGAAGAUUGCUGCCGCUGAGACCGAGGUGGAGAUGAUCUCCGACAUGUUCAACCGCCUGACCGAGUCCUGCACCAAGAAGUGCAUCCCCAACGACUACCGCGAAGGCGAUCUCAACAAGGGCGAGUCUGUCUGCCUCGACCGCUGCGUGUCCAAGUUCUUCGAGGUCAACAUCAAGGUCAGCGAGAAGAUGCAGGGUGAGGCCGCCAACCGACAGGGUGGCAUGGGCAUGGGCAUGUAAACUGUUGAUUGAUAUACUCUGGGGCUCAAAACUGUUUCCAUUUAUGUAUUUGUAUCAUUGAUUGGGUCUUUUCUUUUCUUUUUCUUUUCUUUUUUUCCGGGGAAAGUUGUGCGUGCAUAUCGUCAGGAUUUGUUGCGCUACGUUUGCCCGUGAUGACAUGGUUCUGGCAUUUUGGAUGACAUUGUCUCUCGCAUAGAAAGUGGGAAUGGUCUUUGGGAUCAGAUAGCAUUGGGAAUGAAA